GUCAAAAUACGUCAUCCUUCUGAAUACUUCACUUUACGAUUUAACCGAUGCAAAUUUUGGAAAGGCAAUGGAAAAUAUAGAUAAUACACGAGAUAUAAAAAUGGUAACACGUUGUGGGACUGCAAGCACAGAUAGCACCAGUACUACCAUCCGCACGAGCACCGGCACAACUGCAUCCGUAGAAGAUCACGUAGAGGAUGCUGAUGAUGAUUGGCUAGAGGAGCUCCUCGCAGGCGCAGCUGAUUGGCCGACAAAGGAUGGAGCUCGACUACCGGCAUCCUCAGAGAGCAACGUCUCCACAACCACUUUCGACGUCGACCUGGGGGUUAGCGACGCCCUGGAGAACCCGCUGGUGGACGCGGCUAACGGGCUGGAGGCGCACAAGGGCCUCGAUCAUAUCAGCGUUACAGUGCUCAAGAACAAAGACAAACCACAGUUGGGCACCAGGUGGUACCCGGAAGAUACGGACGGUGGUGCGUUAGAUUCAACCGUUGCGGGUGGAGCUGGAAGCUGGACCCAUCACAGACACGGCCAAUCACCUGCGGAAGGUAACGAAAUACAAGAAAGACAGCCGAUAUUCCACAGCACGUGUCAUACAGCCAUGGCCAGCUGUCAAGCACACCACAAGUGCAGGGCGUUGAUGUCCCCCGUAUUGCAUUAUUGCGACCAACAGCGGUGCAACAGGAACGCAUGCAUGUCGGCGUUGCAGGCAUUUUACAGCAAGCAGGAUCUCAUAUGGAACAUGGAAGUCGCGUUCUGUCUGUGCAAGAAAACGGACAAUAAGCAAGAUGCCUGUUUAAUAGCGCAAGAGAAACUACAUCCAGUAUGUGCCCAGCGAACUGAAGAUACUCCACAGCCAACAUGCUUACACCUAGCUGAGAAUUGUAGAGAGAACAAGGAUUGCAGAUUGAAGUUGGAACACUAUGAACAGUCCUGUGCUGUUGAUAGUGUCACAAAAAAGUGUGCAGGCUCUCCCUCAGAAUGCAGAAAUGCCAUCUUAGGAAUUCUAGGUACAGACCUAAGGACGACUUGUGCCUGCAAGGGCACAGAUAUGACUCAACUUUACGAAUGUCUCGGUUGGCAGAGGUUGCUGUGGGUCAAUCCAUGUGUGGUGGAAGCACAGAAGAAUUUCCACGUAAGCAAAACCGGAUACUACAAGCCAACUACCACAACCACUACUGAUCAUCCUCGACAUACUACCGAGGCGCCACGGCCGACGCCCUUCCACUUUGUCACAGUCAUGGCCAUCACGGAGGCUUCACUUCAAACGAAAAUAAACAACUUCAACAAUCAGGUACAUCCAAUAGUAGAGUUCAUACCACCACCGCAAGCUUUUGUACCGACCAGCACUACUACCACAACAAUUGCUUCUACGACAACUACAGUGGCCACAACAACUACAAAAAGAACCAGACCGACAACUACAGCAACAACUACCAUCGUUCCUCCUCGUUCCUGUGUGGUACAGAGGCCACAGUUUCCAGAUCAGCAUAUUAGAGAAGGAUCUUUCAAAAGGAUCUACCACGAAGAUGAAUUCGAAUGUUCGGACAUCUGCGAAUGCGAAGUUGGUGAGAAGCUUACCUGCAGGACGAUAUGUAUAGACAGAAUGCCCUGCAAAACGGAGUUCGCAUACUACAAUCAUGCCGCACCUGCUUAUCAAGCUUACAGGGGUCGAUGUCUAUGUUACUCGGGCAGAUUCAUCUGUAUGAAGCCAAUGCCUAACGAUUACAACCUGCCGCAAGGCAUUUACCUGUUCCUAGGCUACAGCGAGGUAGAUGAAAGGGAGUUAAACAGAAAUCAUACUGUUGUCAUCGUACAGGAUGUCGUUAGGGUGCUACAGAAUAUUUUAGAAGAUGAAGCCGUUAAUGGGACUCUGUGCAACUUGGAAUUUUUCAACGCUACAAAAGAGAACGUAAUUAUAGCUGGAAAACUAGCAGAUGCGAUGGAGUAUACACGGUUGUCGCCAGCAGAGAUUCUACAACGGGAGAAGGAUGAAUGCAUGGAGUUACUAGAAAUAAUCAGCGAGAAGAUCAACUCGAGAAACCCAGACUUCAUUUCACACCUGCUUCUUUCCAUAUUCAAGAUGGCGGAGGUGGAGAUCGUCCAACCAGAGCCAGCCUCCGCUGCCUCUGGCCAACUUUCAAAUAUUUUUCUGAUAGUAACAAUGGCAGUACUAACUGUACUGAAUCGAUUAAACACUAAUUUUUGCAUAUCGUGACAACGAGACUGAACUUAUACAUAUUGAGUAAAUAAUACAUAUCAAUUAAAGACUAAGUUAGAAAUGGACGCAGCAAAAUGCUGGCGUUAAAGAGUUCUUUUCGCAACUGUCCAAUAUAAGCGAACUAUAUUUUUAGUUAAAUUGCAUUCAAUGCGUAGUUUAAAAAGGGAUAAAUGGCAGAGUAGCCAUAAGCUAAACUUCGCCCUAAAUAAAAAUAUAAAUUAUCUUUGUCGUUCUGUGUCAAUGAUGUUAAACAUCGUUUUUUCUCAAAAUCCCUCUCUGUGCACUCGCCAAAAGCUUCUUGUGUCCGGUUAAACUUGGUAACGUACAAAAAAUAAAUUUCAUCUGUGUUACGCAACCUUCCAUCUACUAACAUCACUAAGACGUUUGUGAGUUUGACUAAACCAUUGGGUUUGAUCUACUGUAUCUUUUCAAUGAAUUUUUAGUGAUGCAAAUUCUAUACAUGCUUAAUCUGAUAAAGACUAAAACGCUAACAUUUUCUUUUUAUCUUCCGUUUAUUUGGAUUUCAAUGAAAUUAUUAAAAAUGGUAUGGUUUUAAGAAACUGGAAGGAACAUUUGAGAGUAAGUGAAAGGUGCAACAUUGCUGAUGGCAGCUAAACACAUUUCGUAUUAUCCGUCAUAUCUAAACCGAUGUAUGUACAUAUCUUGCAUUUAAAUGAUGUACAGCUAAUGUAUCAAAUAGAGCGUCGCUCGUGCUAAAAAUAACGCUUGUUAUAACCAGUAAACGGGGCAAUUACUUAAAUGUGCUCUAAACACGCUUCUGAGCAAAUGAAGCAUUCUUUCGUUGGUGACUUAAUCGAAUAAACAAGUGACAAGCUGCCAUUAUGAGGCAUCAUACAAAAAUAAUUUUUGACGCAGCUGAUGU